AUGUCGUUUAUGCCUCCUUCCAGCAACUCGGAAACUUUCUCUUUGCUGCCCUCAGCAGUACGAGCAAAAGAAAAUCAUCAAAUGGCGACCAACAUCGUUGGCAAUUCGGAUAACAGCAGCAAUGGUGACUUCGUAUACGCUGUGUUGGACAAGAAGCUUGAUAGUGGCAACGUCGAGUCCAAGUUUGGCAAUGCUGUUUCAGUUAAAAUUGCCAUUCCUACUGACAACGAUGCUGAUCGUGAAGAGUCUGGCCGCUUGAUUCCGUUUUCUGCUUUUCUCACAGAAUGCAAUCGUGAAACCAUGGAGCAAUUGGCAGAGCUUCGAAGCCGCAUUCUCAAUCUAGAAGAUCAUGUGGAUAGUAUUCAAACCGACUUGGUAAAGGAACAACGCCGUGGAAAUGAACUCCAAGCCACAACUACUGACCUAAAAAGCCAAGUUGAUAUCCAGGAAAACGAGUUUAUGGCACGCCUCAAUAAUGUUCAAGAGCUCAUAAACGAUUCUAUCGAAAAUCAACUCCAUUCCUCCGAAAGUUUUAGGGAUCGGCUAGCUAGCUUGAUGGCUGUAGGGGGGUACAACCCAAUUCUUCAGACACGCUCCGCGAAGUCUGUUGAGGAGCGCAAUGGUUUCGAUUCCAAGGCCAAUCUCAUUCGAUCCGUCAACUCUAACGUUCGAAGCCAACUUGCGGAAGCCGAAGCGAUUUUGGAAACAAUCAAGAAGCAGAUUGCUUUCGAGAUCGCGGGGGCUUCCACAAAUCAGAAUGCGGAUAGUGACAAGAUUGGCUGUACCGUUUCUACUUAGCUUUCCGCGCGGCUGUUUUG